GUGAAGGCUCGUCCUGUCAUGGCUGUCGCCCUUCUGGGCAAGUGUGUCUCGCUGCUGGGUCUCGUUAUACUACUCUACGCCACCUGCUAUGGCUUCCGGAUACGUGACAUCGUGCCACAGACGCAUCAUCCGACUGUCUGCGUCCCCGCGCAUGGCAAAACCUGCCCAGCGGACAAAACGGUGACGACCGAAGGACCGAUGUACCUAGCCCGGAAAUGGCACGAAGGCACGGUGCCGCGGACUGGUGACCGGAAACUACCUGUCGAGCCGACAUCAGGUGUUGGAACAGAGAGAACUCGAAUUGAGAGGAUCACUGAACAUCUGAAAGACAGGGUUGCGACUGGAUUUACGUUCAAAAGCUCCAGGAGAGAAAGUGACGGCGAAGUAGAUGACGACGAAGAGGAGGAAGAAACGGGUGUGGAAGUGGAAGAUGCAGAAGAGGAGGAACCGGUGGGGGAUUCUCAGAGAGAUCAAGCAGACAGUGAUGAAGAUGAUGAUGAAGAAGAAAGAGGAUCCGAGGCUGAACUAUUAAAUGAAAGUGAAGAUGAAGAUGAAGAUGAAGAUGAAGAUGAAGAUGACAUGAAAGUUCUCAAAAAAGAUUCAAAGAAGCAAGUGGAUGAAAUUAAGACACAAAUUAAAAUCGCAAAGAUUGUUAAAUCAAUGAAAUAUAGUAAAAGCAAAUCUGAUGAUGAUAAGAAAGAAGAGGAAGAUGACGAGAAAGAAGAAGAAGAGAAGAAAGCAGCAGCCAAGGUAGAUCAGCGAAAAGCAACAGAAUCACUUAAAAAGCAAAUUGAUAUACCGCAUAAAAAACAAGAACAAGAUAAAAUUCAGACUUCGCAAAGCGAUGAAGAUAAGGAUGACGAUGAGGAUAAAGAUAAAGAACCUGAUGUAAAAGAAACUACUCCAACAUUCAGAAAAUUGGAAAAAGUAAGGCAUGCUGAUAAAGAUAGAUCAUCUAAAAUUUUACCAAGUAAACGCGAUGUGGAAAAACCAAAGCAAGAAGAUAAAAAAGUUGAAGUCACAAAACCAACGGUAAAAAAGACGACUGAAAGUACAAAGAAAAUUGAAGUAAUUGAAAGCACGAAAGAAUCUGUCGACGGCACGAAGAAAUCAGUCGAAAGUGCCAGAAGAUUAACUGAAGACACAAAAAAAGUUGAAUCGGUUAAGGUUACUCCUAAGCCUAAGGUUGAUGUGCCUGAAACUGCAACAAAAGCAGACGAAAAAUCGAAGACGCGCGUAAAAUCGGAAACUUCAACGCCUGCACCGAAGAUUAAGGAGCAAACGAAACAACCGGAGAAGACGGAUGUCAAAAAAGUAACGGCGAAACCAACUUCGAGACCGUCGAAGGAAGUUUCGCCAGCGCAGAAACAAGAAACGAAGCCGAAAACGAAGAUAUCUCACGCAGAUGCAUCGAUUACAUUGUCCGAAUUUAAUGAUGCAAUUUUGCGUGUGCCGACCUUUGUGCCAAAUUUUACGAACGUUGAAAAUCCCGAGUGUCAGCAACACGGCAAGAUAUUCCUGCGACAAUUGAGAGGUUACAAGUUGUGGGCGCUGCAAAUGUUAGAUUCGAGCGCAAAGAUUCCAUCGGGCUUGUUAAGAGGAAAUGUGAACCAGUUCGGGGAUUACGACCAAUGUUUGGGUGUGCUGGCGCAUGUUAAAGUAGACGAGAAGACGAUAAGAAUUCAAGGAAAAUAUUGCCUGGCUACUGUGGACGUACAUGCUUCUCAUUCAGAUAUGAGGCUACCGGUCAAUUUAAUGCAAGCUCGCGCCUUUAUACGAGGAAGCAUGCACGACCCAGGUCAUUUCAUUCCAAAAUUCACAACGUUUAAUUGGGCGCUGUGUCUACCCGCGGCGUGUUCCGCUGAGGACGCUGAACAUGCGUUAAAAAAUACUUUAAAGGAUUAUAAUGGAACUGUUGGAAUUAAAUUUACAGUGGAUGUCGAUUCUAAUAUGUGCUACGUGAAGCAAAAGUCUCAGACUUAUUCGAAAGAGACAAUCGGCGUUUUGUACUUUUACGCCAUGAUUGUUUGUCUCGUUAUUGUAGCGACCGUGAGGGAUUAUUUCGUGGAGACGCGAGGGAAAGGAAAUUAUUCUGAGAGGAUAAUCAUGUCAUUUUCCUUACGAAGGACGAUUAAAGCGUUAUUGAAAGAAGCGACAGGCGCUGCGGAUAUUACGUGUAUCUAUGGAAUAAGAGCACUGGCUACGAUCGUCCUUUACAUUGCCCACCAGCUUAUAACAAUUUCCCGAAUACCCUUUAGCAACCGUACUUCUCUCACCGAGAUCGCCAACAGUCCGGUUAGUUCUGUUCUGCGAGUAUCACUAGUUUACACGGAUGCAUUUCUGCUGUUAAGCGGCGUUUUGACCGCUUACAACAUGGCGAAUGAACUGAAGACUCGUGGCGAAAUUCGCUGGUUUUGCCGUUUCAUUGCCAGAUUUAUCAGACUUACACCGGCAUUACUCGCAGUGGUCUUUUGGUACGCGUUCGUGAUGGAGCACGUUGGAUCGGGUCCGCAAUGGAACAGCGUCAUCAUGGCGAAUGCGGAGCUUUGCAAGUACAACGCGUGGACGAAUCUGUUGUACGUGCAGAAUUUUUUCCCCUUCGAGGAGAUGUGCGCCACGCACACAUAUCAGUUGGCCUUGGACAUGCAGCUGUCGCUCUUGGCGCCUAUUCUGGUCUUCUUUCUGCAAUAUAAACUCCUCAUCGGUAUUCUCCUGAUGGCUUUUCUCAUUCUGUUAUCUGCUACCCUUCGUUACAUAGCGACAGUGAACAAUUAUCUGUCUUUCGUCAUCUAUCACGGGAUAUCAUUAAAACGUCUUUACAAGACUGCCAAUUUAGCUUACGCGUUGCCGCUGCACAGAGCCACGCCAUAUGUUUUCGGUGUCGGUCUCGGUGUGCUGUUGCAUUACACCGGGAAUAACGUCAGGAUUCACAGGGUAUUAGUGAUCUUGGGCUGGUUGAUCGCAAUGGCCCUGGGUUCAUGGUCGUUAUUUUCACCCUGGCAUCAAGCCAGACGAGAUUACGUGUACGACGCUGAAGAGGCCACUCACUAUGCAGUGAUCGGGCCGGUGCUGUGGGCCGCGGCUCUAUGUUGGUCAAUAUUUGCCUGCUUCACGGGGCACGGAGGCAUCGUUAAUAGAUUUCUCUCCAACUACUGGCUGGUAAUCCUUAGCAGGAUAUCGUACGCCGUGUAUCUAACACAAUUUGCAGUAUUCUUCUACAAUGUUGGGACCACGAGAUUCUCCACGGAAUUUCAGUUUCAUAGAGCAAUUGAUCCUCUGGAAGUAGCGAUAGUGAUAGCCGCGUCAAUCGUUUUGACGUUACUUUUUGAUCUUCCGAUGCAGGAAGUGAAGAGCGUCAUAAUGGAAAGCACGGAUGUUUCGGCGCUUGAAGCUUCCGAAGAAAAAAAGACAAGCGUGAGUGAGGAUAAAAAUGUCGAAAUCGCUGAACCCGCGAAAGUGGCGAUAGAGCAAGCGAAUGUGUUCGAGGACGAUGAAAUCGCAUCCACCGGAUGGGAUUGGCAGAAGGAUAUAAUUCACGGUGCCACCAUUCUCGAAGGGCACGACACCGAAGAAGAAAUAGUAGAUGUGCCGCUGAAGAAGGUGAACGGAAGACGAAUGUCGUUCAUCGAUCGCGAUUCCGAAGAAAUAUCGAAUAAAGAUCGAAUCAAGUCAGUGACUAGAAAAUCAGCCACGGAAAGCUAUGCGGAACGUAGCAAGAUAGGCAUAAACAGCCGAAGAUACGCGACUGAUGAUUCUGAGGAAGAAACUAUCGAGUUUCUGAGAAGUCAGCGGGAACAUGACGAGGCGAUGGCUCCGCGUAACAGGCGUUCAUUAUCCAAAACUAAAGAUAACAAGAGACCUUCGAGGAGUAGCGAGGAUGAGGAAGAGAGGCAACAUCGAAGAGAAAUGGAGAACAGCUCUAGACAAUUCCGGAGAUCGGAAUCCAAAGGAAGAGUACCGGUCAAGGAAACGGAUGAUUAUCGCUCCUGGGAAUUUGUUGGAAAAGAAAGUUCAUCCGCCAGAGAACAAUACGAGUCGAAACCGCCCCUGAGAUCGGAUAUCGCGAGAAGAACGUUCUCUUCCGAGAGCGAGGAGGAGCCAUCGGUUCAAGAAAGAACGAAGCCGAUGCGCGUUUCGAGUUCUGAGACAAGAACGAGCGAUGAAGAGGAAUGGGAAUACGAAUUGAGGAUACGGAGGAAACAGUUUAUGGAGAAAUUAAUCGCUCAACAGCGCGAGGCAUUGGUUGAGGGAGAGAACGAGACCGGCGGGGAAUCUUUGAAACGUAGAUCCUCUGCAGAAGGUAGGAUAGCCUUGCUAAGAGACGAUCUUUCAGGUGAAGACAACAUGGAUUCGUGGACCGUCAGUGUUGGACCGCGGAUCACGCUGCUCAGUUCCUCUCAGGAACCGAGCGAGCCUGAAGAAGAUGGCAUUUACAUGCGACGUAGAGAAUACCGUGAACAGGGUCCACCAUCGAGAGAAGAGAGUUUGAGCGAGGAAGAAAGCACCAGCCAAGACGCUUCGAGGAGACAAUCCUAUACCAGCGGUAGUCAAAAGACAUCUUUAGAAGAGGAAGACGACGUUAACAGCUACAAUUUCGUCUUGACUAAGGGAAGUAAGAGAGAAUCCUUGCAAGAUUUGUCGAAAUUGUCGCAGGAGGAAUUAACGAGUGCCGGAUGGAACGUCGUGAAGAAAGAAGGUGAUGUCACGGUCAAACCGAGCGGCUUAUUUAAACGAGAGUCCAUUGUAAAAAGUCAGGCUAGCGAGGAAGAUCCCGAGUAUCUUCUACCGGAACGACCUAAGCUGGUUCAACAGGAACGGGAGCAUCCUUUCAAGAAGGCCUGGCAGAUGCAGAAAUCCAGAUCGGAAGAGGAAGGCUCCUCGGCGUAUAUUAUAAAGGAUCCUAAGGAGCAACAAUCCGAAUCUAAAACUAAGGAACAAUCGAUCAAACGCGAACGCAGUGGCGAACAGUCGGAAGAUGUCGAGUCAUUCGCCGACGACGAAUCGGUCGAAGCCACCGUGAUAUUACGAGGUAGGAGUACCGACACGGAAGAAACGAGAACCAGCUCGAAAUCGGGCACGGACGAAACAGAUUCGAUCUCGACGGAACACAGUAGACAUUACAGACAGAGCUCGAAAUCUGAGACCGACGAAGAUUCCGCGAAAUUUAAUUGGCCCGGCGAGGAGGAGGAAGAUGAGAAAAUGGAAGACGAGAUCUACGGAGCCGGUCAGAAGAGGAAGUCAGAGGAAGCGGACUGGGAUUGGGAACAAGAGGAAACUUGACGAAAAUGGCUUUAGACGAUUGUACAGAGUGACUAUAUCUUACCUUCAAAUUUGGUUGAAGGUAAAGAAGAAGCGAUGUUCGGAACGUUUGAACCGGACAUGUGCGAAUUGUGAGAGGGAAGAUACAUGGAGAAACAAUCGAAAUUUACAUUAAUCCUUAUAUCAUAUAAGUUAAUAAAUCAUGAAGAAAUAUUCUAUAUAAAUUAUUUUUUUAAUUUUUUGUGUUUCCUAUGUUAUAUUGAUAAGUAUUUUGCAAUAUGUAUUCGCAAUAUUGAUUCUCUUGUCAUUUACAAUUUUUAAAGUUACUUGUAUUUUUAUUCUAAGAAAUUCCGCAGGAUAUUUGGUAACUUUACAGAGAUAAUUAUAAUUAUCGUUAAAUAAUACAUAAGGAUUGUGUUUCUUAAUACCAUAAAAAAAGGAUUAAAAUGAUGAUCCGGCAUUA